AUGGAGCUUUGCAGCAAUAGAAUGUGUGGUAUGUUUCAGGCCUCUGUGGUCUUUGAGGAUGUGGCUGUGAACUUCACCCCGGAAGAGUGGGCUUUGCUGGAUCAUGGUCAGAGGAACCUCUUUAAAGAUGUGAUUCUGGAGACCUGCAGGAACCUGUCCUCCGUGGAGAAGCAGAAAUUUCACAGCAGUGGAGAUCUGACCCAAAUGCAGGAAGGGAUUUUGAGCAGUCCUUUGUUGGAGAGUGUCUGUGAACGUUUUGAAGGAGAUCAAUGUGGAGAAACCCUGAACUCGAUUACAAGUCUUACUGUGCAUGAGGGGUGUCCUACUGGAGGCAAAUCCUGUGAAUGUGCUAAGUGUAGGGAAACCUUCACAGAUGGUUUUUUCCUAGGGAAUCUGCAAAGAUCUCACCCAGGACUCAAACCUAGUCCCUGUGAGGAAUGUUGCCCAGCCUGCAGCUCCAUCACGAGCCUCAGCACUCAUGUGGAUGCAGACCUUGUAGAGAAAUCCUAUGAAGGUCAGGACACCGGGAGAGCAUCGGAGACAUACGCAAAGAGUCUGAGUAGUAAAAAAUCUCUACAGUGCAAGAAAUGUGGAAAAGCUUUCACUUGCAUUUCUUCUUUUCAGGGUCAUGUGCAAAAUGACCGUGUACAGAGGGUCCAUACAUGUGACAUGUGUGGGAAAACCUUCUUAUAUCACUCCUUCCUUACACGUCAUAUGAGAACUCACACUGGGGCUAGAACCUCUCAAUGUCAGGAGUGUGGGAGAGCCUUUGGGUAUAAGUCAAGCCUGCAAAAACAUGUGAGGACCCACGCUCGGGAGAAACCCUAUAAAUAUCAGCCGUGUGGGAAAGCCUUCCCUGGUCAGCACACCUUUCUUGUACCUGGGAGAAGACCUACAGGGGAUGAAUCCUGGGAAUGUAAAGAAUGUGGGACAACUUUCAAGAUACGUCUACAUUUUGAAUGUCACAUGACCACACACAAUGUAGUGAAACCCUAUGAAUGUGGGGAGUGUGGCAAAGCUUUCAGGCAUCACCCAAACCUGCGAGUACAUAUGAGGACACACACUGGGGAAAGACCCUAUGAAUGUAAGGAGUGUGGGAAAUCUUUCCAGAGGUAUGGUCAUAUUAAACGCCACAUGACCACUCACAGUACAUUGAAAACCUAUGAAUGUAAGGAGUGUGGCAGAUCCUUUCGGGAUCAAUCAUACCUGCGAGUACAUAUGAGGACGCACACUGGGGAAAGGCCCUUUGAAUGUCAGCAGUGUGGAAGAGCCUUCCGGAAUCACACAGACCUGCGAGUGCAUAUGAGGAGACACACUGGAGAAAGACCGUAUGGAUGUCAGCAAUGUGGGAAAACCUUCAGAUAUCAUUGGAAUCUGCGAAAUCAUGUGAAGAUACACACGGAGGAGAGACCCUAUGAAUGUCAGGAGUGUGGGAAAACGUUCAGGUAUAAGUCAUGCCUGCGAGAACAUAUGAGGACGCACACUGGGGAAAGACCGUAUGAAUGUCAGGUGUGUAGGAAAACCUUCAGAUAUCAUUGGAAUCUGCGAGAACAUGUGACAAUACACACAGGGGAGAGACCCUAUGAAUGUCAGGUGUGUGGGAAAACCUUCAGGUAUAACUCAUGCCUACGAGACCAUGUGAGGACACACACUGGCGAGCAACGCUAUAAAUGUGUGCAUUGUGGAAAAGCCUUCAGUCGUAAGUGCACCCUUGUACUACAUACUGUGAGAAAUCACACAGGGGUGGAAACUUGGAAUGUAAGGAGUGAGGGGAAGCUUUCAGGAAACAUCAACCUCUGA